AUGUUAAUAUACGAAUACAGGGUUAUAUUGCCUUUAACUGUGGAAGAGUAUCAAGUGGCACAGUUGUAUGCAGUUGCAAAAGCGUCUAAAGAGCAAACUGGUGGUGGAGACGGUGUAGAAGCUCACAACCUUCCCCGUGAAUUGUUGGAUAAAAGGAAAGUAGUUUAUGUGGACAUUUCUGAGUCUACAGCUGCUGGUGACACAAAACCUUCCGAAGACCCCACAGAAUAUGUUUCUGUGAAAACGAAUCGUGGACCCUUGCAAAAAGGACGCUGGUGGGAGAAAGAGCACAAUUGUCCCGUAAUGUGUGCUUAUAAAUUAGUUACCUGUGAAUUUAAAGUCUGGGGAUUCCAGGGUCACGUUGAGGAUUUGAUUCAAAGUGUAAGUUCCAGAAGUGUUUUUAAUUAUUUCUGUAUCUUCCGGUUUACUUACGAAUUUUAUGUACGUUUUAUAACCGUGGCACAUUUCUUGCCUUGA